ACAACAUUGCGCGGUUGAGAUGAGAGAAAAACUUUAGGAGCUAGUGAUGAACCGCAUUUUGAUUUGUUUGAGUUGAAAUAUCUUUGUUACAAGUUAAGAUGGCAGGCAUGGCAGCAACUGAUGAUAGCCCAAUUUAUGAGGGAUUCCUGUGUCCAAUGUGCCUUCAAAACUUUGAUUCUGUUUAUCAACUCCAAUCUCAUGUGGAAACUGCUCAUGGUAGUGAAGAUAAGGUUGUACUAAGUAAGUUGAAAGGAUUCUUUGGGAAAGCUAAGAAUCUCAUCACCAGCAGAUCAGAGGAACAGUUCAAUGAUGUCUCCAGAAAUGAGCAAGGAGAAGGAUCUCCCAAGAAACAGCAACUGCUUGGCUCGGACCCUUUUACUUGGGAUAAUCCAGAGCUAGGAGCAUCUAGAAGUCAUUUUGAGUCUCUGAGGAGGAUACGCAGUGAUAGGAUAGAUAGAACAGUUGUUGAAAUCAACAAGCUUGUCAUCAGACUUGAGAAGCUUAUCAGAUAUGGACCAUCUUGGAGUGAUCAAGCCAAAAGAAAAGUAUAUGAAAAGACCAUUGUGCCUUGGGCAGAAGACUCUGAUGUAAGGUUCUGCCCAUCUUGUGGUGAUAAGUUCUCUUUAGCUGUAAGGCGUCAUCAUUGUCGUCUGUGUGGUAGCAUUAUGUGCAACAAGUGCUCCAACUUUGUUGGUAUCCCUUUCUGUGAGCAAGUGCUAGAAGCUGAAACCAAAGGAAGCACAUCUUCUAAACAAGCUGAUGUUGAAUCAUCACCAAGUAAGAAGGGUGAUGUAGUCACACUCAGAGUUUGUGAACAUUGUACAAUCAUUAUGGAGAAGAGGUUGAAGAUGGUCAGAGAAAGAAAUUCCAAACCAGUUAUUGUACAGUUAUACCAGAAAAUGGUUGAAGUCAGAGAGCAGAUUUUAAAACAACUUCCAAUUUAUGAGAAAAUUGCUAUAUCCAUUUUAAAUGGUGAAGAGGAAUUUACUUAUGAUAGAGCAGAAAGAGAAAGAACAGUGCUUCUGAAAUAUUUUGAUGCUCUAGAUCUGUUAAGCAAGAAGAUAUACUCUCUUGGUUCAGGGACAGAAAAGACAUUGUCUUCUGCUCAGAUGAAACUCAGGAGAAACAUCCGUACUGAGGUUGUUCGCUUUCUGCAAGACCACAUGCUGGGGCUUCAACCUUUACCAUCUGAAGAAGAAGUUAUCAAGCUCAGAGCAGAACGCAAAGCAGCCAUUGCUAAGAGACUUGAGGAAGAACGCCAAGCAAGAGCCAAGAGGAUGCAAGAAGAAGCUCUUGCGUUAGAGAGGUCAGCUCAACAGAGGGCGCAACAACAAGCAGAAUCAAAACUCUUUGACAGCCCUAAGAGAGGUCAUGAACGAAAGUCCAGCUGGGGUCUGCUGAACAAAUUAAAAGAGCAGGCACACGAGGUUGGUGCUGGAAUGAUGGUAGGGCUGACAUCCAGUGGAAGUGAAGGGAAAUUGAAUAAUCCACCAUCAGGUUGGAAACCAAGUGCAGUUAGUCAGGAUACUGUCCAGGCUUUGUCUGAUGAUCCUUUGAUCCAACAAAUGAACAUUAUCAGUAGUUACCUAAAUCAAGCUCAAGAAGCUGGUCGAUGGGAUGAAGUGAACAUGUUAGAGGCAAACCUUAAAGAUCUUCAGUUAGCAUACAGACAGGAACAAUCCAAAAGAGGGGGAGUGGGAGGUUAUCAGGGUUUAUGAUACACCUUAUUACAUUACCAAUCUAUAACCUGUGUUGGACCAUGAACAGUAGGUGCAAUAUGUUUGUACUUAAGUAAGAAGUUUUCUCCUGAACAAGGCAAUUACUGGUUCAAAAUCAAGUCCUCCCAUGAAUGCCCUAUGACUUGCAUUUCAUGUCUGUUUGCCUUGUAUCAGCGUUAAUGAUAUUUACCUAGAUUAACUUUAGAUUAUUUAUAAUCAGAGAGUUGCUUUUAUAUAAUAAAUUCUCCAUUGUUCUGGAGUAUAUAACAAAUUUUCAGAUGCAUCAGUGAUAAUCAACUAUUUGUGAAUGUUGCAUACAGUAACCCAGGUGUAUGUAUAGUUAAACUUACCUUGGGAGAUUUCAAGUAUUGUAUUGAAAUCUAGUAUUGGUGUUGUGGCAACACCAUUGACAAGAGAUAGGUCAUAGGUUGGUGUUGGGAUUGACCUCAAUAAAUAAGACGUAUUUCCGGCAGUUCAUAUUGAGUGCUGGUGUUGAAUGUUGUUUGCUGAAUUGAGCAUUACAGCUAGUGUUGAAAAAUCUGCAUGUAAUUUCCCCCAUUUACCAGCGCCAACCUGUAGGAUUCUGGGAAAUUGUGACUUCAAGUUCAGUGUUGGUGUUGGUGAUCUUAAGCUUACAAAUUAGCUAGAUGAGUACAAAUUGUCAGAGUUUUAUACAUUUAAGUCUUAAAAUCAGAGAGAAGUUGCAGUAAAAUCUUAUCGUACAGAUGCAAAGUCAUAAAUCACAUUAUGAAGCCAAAAAUUAAAAUGAUUUUAAUGAGCAAUAACACUAAGUUUUGGAUUAUUGAUGUGAUUUAAGACUUUGCAUUCUGUAUGAUAUUAUUUUACUGCAAUUUCUCUCUGAUUUCAGUUUCAUCAUAGAGAUUUUUAAGGUGAUGUUAAGAUGAUCAAGAGAGGCAUGAUGUCAUGAUGUCAUGGAUAAUGCGAUCGAUAUCCUGCUGAACCAUGCUCUGUUAGAGCUUGGAUCGGCAGCCUUUUUCACGCUCUCAAAACCAACACCAAUACCAAAUUUGAAAUCACCCAUGGUGUUGCCAGUGAAGGCAAUGAUUUUUCAUUUUAUUUGAUUUAAUUCUGCUUUAGCCUCCUUAUAUCUGCCAAAUGAAAAUAUUGUUGUGCUGCCAGUAAGUAAGAAGCUGUGAUUUAUCUUCCAUUGUUUUUGUAUUUGCAUAUUCCUGUUUGUUGAAAUUUUUAUGUUCCAGAUUAUGAUUACUGUCACUUGUAAUGUACAUAGCCAGAAACAAAGCAUAGGUAAAGACAUUGACAAUGUUAUUAAUCUGUGUGAAAUUGGAAUCCAUUUUACAUGAAUGAUCUUCCCACAAUUGGGAAUAUUGAGCUAUUCUCCAUUUAGUUGUGAGUAAAUUGGGAUUUGAAAUGUGCCUUGAAAGAAUAUUCAAACAGUAUGAUUUGUAUUUUUGUUGUCAUAUGGUUUUUAUGUACUUACAUAUAGCUGAACAUGUUACAAUGAAUAAUAAUAGUGGUCUUUGCUGAUAACUCAAAGCAUUUCUUGCAGCCAAAGGCUGAAUUACAAAUGCUUUUAUAUUGUUUCACAUAAAAAACUGAUUAAAGUAAAUACACACAAAAGGGUUAAAUCAGUACACGAUAAAGGUAUAAUAUUUCAUAAUCUUUCAUGCAUACUUACUGUGGGAUUUAAAAUUAGCAUAAUCUUCUUAUAUUUCAGUUUUAUAGCAAAGGAUCAUGUGAUAUCUAUAUUUUAUAUCAUGAUUAAAGGAAUGUACUGCAUGAACAGAUAUUGUCGUCUUUCUUCAUCGCAUAUCAUGCAAAGCAAUCCCCUUUUUUCAUUUUACAUUUGUAAUUGUGUGUGGUUAUACCUAUUAUUAUAAAGGUUAUCAGCUGCCUUAAGAUAACCUUUUUUAUGUUUUAUCUUAACUUGAAUUUACAAUAUAAAAUAGAAAAAUUAUUUGUUAUGUUGUUUUUAUGGUGCACUCAAAAGUUUUUAAACAAUCAUGGGAUAAAUCCUAAUGCUAGCUUCUGCACUUCCCAAUCAGAUGCUUUCAAAAUCUAGUUGUGGUCUAGUGGUUAUACUCUCCUCUUUAAAUCAGGGAUGUGGGUCCAGUUCCAGCCAUGGCAUGUUUUUCUUCAGCAAGAAAUUUACCCACUUCUGCUGUGCUCAACCCAGGUGAGGUAAAUUGGUACUGGCAGGAAGUAAUUCCUCAUAAAGCCGUGAGCACCAGAAUCGGUAGACUAGCUUAACUGGGGUAAUAUAGGAGUGCCUUGAGCACCCAACAAGGUGGAUGUGUGCGCUAAACAAAUCCUAUAUAUUACCGGUAUCUUUAUUAUUAUAAUAAUCAUGAUUAGAUUGUAAUGUGUGUCAUUGUAUUUCUAUGUAGAUAAUUUUAAAUGAGAAUAAUUUCGUUAUAAGUGGAGCAGUUUUGUAAAUGUUAACCUUGAGAGUUCUGUUGAAUGUGAUGUUUUGUAGUAAAGUUGAGUGUGGCGAUAUACUGUCAGUAGUACUUAAUUUCAUUGCAAUAGAUUGAAAGAGAAUAGUCAUACUUAAGGCAAUUCACCCCCCCCCCCUUCCCCA